AUGGAGAAUGAGGGCCAGCUUAGGAGCCCUAGGAGCCCCAGAAUACAUGACAGACGUAUUUCCCUGAACGCCUCUUACCAUUCCGAAUUCUCUUCAGCAAGGCUUUCGACUUCAGAAGCUGCCUCCACUAACCACGAUCCAUUCGAUAACGUUGUGCAAUCGCAUGCGCAAUGGGAACACAACACCCGAGAGUCACCAGUUGAGUUCGAGCAAACCAAUGGACAUACCACUGAAUCAGAAGACGAGUCCCAAGCCUACUCUUCAGCCACCACAGCCACUCCAUCGUCAUCACGUCGUCGCUUGCAAGUACCCACGAUAUCAGUUUUGUUGAAGAACGUUCUCAAAUGCGCAGUGGCGUAUUUUCUUGCCUCUCUUUUUACCUUUUCGCCACAUCUUUCUGGAUUUUUCAAUGACACUUCCGCUCCGGGAACAAAGAAUCCCACUGGUCACAUGGUGGCCUCGAUUGCUGUCUACUAUAACCCGGCCAAAACCAUGGGAGGAAUGAUGGAGGCUGACUCAUACUGCGCGUGUGCGUUUCUAUAUGCAGCCUUCGUUUGUUUGGGAAGCAUGUCGACGUUCUGGUCCCUCGAGGCCAUACCAGGAUGGGAGUGGCUUGCUGAUGCUCUCGUCAUUUUAUGGGUCGGAGUUGGCAUGUGGGGUCUCACUUGGAUGAAAGUUUGGAUGGCCAAACCCACCUUCAAUUCAGCGUGUAGCAUGACUGUGAUAAUACUAUCCAUUGUAAUUGUCAAGGAGGGAGGCUGGGAAACCCUCCUGGAAGUUACCUCGAUCGUGCUUCUCGGCAUGAUACUAUCAAACCUCGUGUGUUUUACGCUAUGGCCCCAAAGCGCCACAGAAAACCUCCAGUCGAACAUGACAAAGACUUUGGAUUCGUUUUCCACCCUGCUCGGCAUGCUCACAAACACCUUCCUCCUUGAGGAGCCCAUUCGCCAGCCUAGCCAGGAUAAAAUACACCAAGCGGUCGAGAACCAUCAGGCAAGUUUUACGAGCCUCAAAAGGAACAUGGGGGAAGCCAAGUCGGAAUGGUUCAGUGGUCUGCGCGGACAAGGGGGCAAGGCGUCCAGACAAGCCUACGAGGACGCAGUCGACAGCCUUACGCGCCUUGCUCAACAUCUGAAUGGCCUAAGGAGCGGUACUCGGUUGCAAUACGAACUCACCAAGGCUCACAGUGAGGGACGCUUGACAUUGAAGCGACACAUCCAAACGAAUGGAAAAGAGCGUGCUCCAAGCGGUUAUCCAACCGGGAAGAGGAGGAUGUCCAAUGGGGGUGUAGACAUAAAGGAUGACGCAGAUGAAGUCCUACUACAGGCUGCAGCGGAUAUGUUCGGCGACCUAAUCGACGAGCUGGGUCCACCGCUGAAGGUGUUGACGAGAACUUGUACUGCAAGUCUCGAACGGCUACGCGAGGCAUUUGCGCAAAGCAAACGUGUUCAACGCGAAACCCCUUUUCAACCUCAAGAUUUUCACAUUUUAGUUGACGAGAUCCAGCGCGCGCUGUUUGCGUUCGAGUCCACCUCGAAUCACGCUGUUCUGCGUUUAUACAGAAAGAGCGAAUAUUAUUCCCCGUCUACAGACUCUUCGGUCCCGCAGGACAAUACGCUCCUUAUGAACAGCGAGCAUGAACACAUAUUUGUUGUCUAUUUUUUCAUUUUCACGCUGCAGGAGUUUGCUGGGGAGCUCAUUUCUCUCACGGACGCUAUGCGCAGGAUAUAUGCCGUCGAACAAGUUAGGGCGGAUACCCCGAGUUGGUUUAAACAAUAUAUUAUUCACGGCCCAUCACGAGUGUUCUCUGCGGUGCGAUCGCGUCGACGUGCGUUCACUCCGACAUAUUUCACUUCUCCUCAUCGCGACAAAGUUUUUUUCCCGAAAGUCCAACCUCAUGCCCCGAACACAAUACAAACGCCCCUUCCUGCGAACCUCCCUUUUAUUGGUCGCAUGAAGCGUGCACUUUGGGACUUUAGUGCUAUUUUGAAAGAGCGCAAGUUGAAGUAUGCCUUCAAAGUGGGAAUGUCUACCGCUAUGUUGGCUGCACCUGCGUUUCUUGAAGCUACGAGACCGAUCUACACGGAGUACAGGGGCGAAUGGGCAUUGAUUUCUUUUUUCUCUGUCAUGUCGCCCACGAUUGGAGCAACUAAUUUCCUCAGCAUCCACCGUGUACUCGGUACUCUUUUUGGAGCUGGGGCAGCAGCUGGAAUUUACAGUCUUUUCCCCGAGAAUGCAAUCGUACUGUCGAUCUUCGGCUUCUUUUUCUCGAUACCUUGUUUCUACUACAUCAUCGCAACUCCAGUGUAUGCGACGACGGGGAGAUUUGCUCUUCUGACAUAUAAUCUGACGUGCCUGUACUCGUACAAUCUUCGAAAAGGCGACGUAUCUGUGCUCGACAUUGCGUUUCACCGCUCGACUGCAGUUAUUGCUGGUGUCAUCUGGGCUGCAAUAGUGUCUCGUUUCUGGUGGCCUUCAGAAGCGCGAAGGGAACUGAGUAGAGAGCUGGGAGACUUUUGCUUGAACAUCGGAUGGCUAUACACCCACUUAGUAGCAGCCAACUCAGGCGCGCACCACGUAACAGACGACACGGACGAAGACGAGCCUGAAACGCAGACUCCAGACGAGGACACGUCGCUUUUGCCAAAGUCUGCCAAAGCCAGACUUAGCAAAUCCAUUCAGGAAUUCAUGGCUAUGGAAUUGCAUCUCCAGAGAAAACUCAUUGAGUUGCAAGGCCUCUUGGCUGAGACGCAGCAUGAGCCCCGGCUGAAGGGACCCUUCCCUAUACUCCUCUACCGGGCUAUAUUAACGAGCCUUCAGACUAUCCUGGAUAGGAUGCACAGCAUACGUUGCGUCACUACCCGAGAGGAGUGGGUCGCGUCCGUAAGGAAGGAUUUUAUUCUACCCGUGAACAAGGAGCGAAGAGAGAUGGUCGGCAACAUCGUUCUUUAUUUCUCGAUUCUUGCAUCCGCUUUUCGUCUGAAAGCGCCAUUACCGCCUUACCUUCCGCCAGCUGAGGCAUCGAGGGAACACCUGGUCAACGCAAUCCGGAAACUUGAUGUAGUCAGGAACAGAGAUGUGAAAGCGUCCCGACAGCUUCUCUUCUUCGCGUAUGCUCUCACUAUGAAGGGCGUCACUCAGGAGCUGGAGUAUCUUGGGCGUACCCUACAGACCGUUUUUGGUGUGAUUGGACAGAGUCCAGAGGAGUUUGAGGCGUUGUUUCUGGAGCCGGGUGAGAGAAUGGAUGCUGCGCAUGUUGUUUGA